UGCCUGCCUGCCUGCCUGCCCAUGGCGGCCUUCCCUUGCCCGCUGUUCCCCGGGCACUUCCGCGAGGGCCCCCCGAGCCGCCCCCGCGCCCUCUGCGCCCCGCUGGUGGCCGGCUGGGGCAGCUACGGGCAAGCGCAGGUCGACCCCCGCGGGCAGCAGCAGCAGCAGGGCCAGCCGAGGUUCAUGCCGCGCCACCGCAAGAAGGGCCGGGAGACGUGGGUGCCCACAGGGGCUGCCCCCGUGCCCCUGAAGCUGCCCAAUGCCGGCUGCAGGGUCCCGGCUGUGACCCCCCAAGACAUUCUUUAUGUGGGGCAGAUACAGCGGGCCAUGAAGGCAACCAACACCGGUGCUCAGGCUGCCCUCGACUUCACGAGUCAGCUGGCCGCCUUCUUCCAGGACCACCCUGAUGUUGCCUUUGGUGCCAUGGGCCAGCUGCUCCAGGAGAACUUCUACCUGGGAGAUUCAGAGGUGCCGAGAGACGCGCGGGACAAUGUCUGCCAUGCUGCCCGCAUUCUCAAAGACCUGGAUGCCCGGGGAAGCACCAGGUGUCCCUUUUACAAGAACAGGAAGCGGCUGCGCAGGGUGGCCCACCUGUGUCGGGACUGGCUGUUUGAGUUGCCCCUGGAACUGAUGGCUGAGUGGGUGCAUGAAGACCUGGCGGAGCAGUGGAGGGCCCUUUCCUUCGACGAUGCCCCCACCGGGGGGGCCUUGGCAUGGUUGCCCAGCGGCAACAGCGGGGAGCCCACCCGUGGGGGCUGCUUGGUGUACCCUGCAGGCGACGCCAUGAACCGGCUCUGCUUCCAGGAUGUGGCUCUGGAGCCCACGGCCAGUGGCUCCCUGAGACCUCGGACCAGCGGCUGCCCUGCACAAUUUGAACUCAAUGGUGCGGUGAAGCAAGUGGCAGCAAGGCACGUGGAUGGCCACGACUUUGUUGGGGUGCGCUCAGAGCAUCACUGCGGGGUGUGGAGGGUGCAGCACAGCGCAGGCCCCGCUCCACUCCAGGUUGUUUGCACAGAUGCCCCUUGCUCCUCCCUCUCUGUCAGCCCGCACGUGCCUGGCGAGGUGUCGUUUUGCACUCUCCGUGGAGCCCUGUACGUGUGGAAUGUCGAGGCAGGGCCCCGGCGGCUGCACCAGGACAGCGAGACCAUGUUCUUCCGGGACCCUUCCCCAUGGCGUUGGAGCGAGUUCACUGCCCACCCGCGGGUGCUGAGUUUUGCUGACCGUACCGGCCUGAGGGGCAUUGACCAGAGGGUACCCUCGAGCCGCUGUUUUGACCUCUUCAAGGUGGGGAGCGAAGCGGGAUGCCAGCGGGGGGAGCGCCUGGUCCUCUCCAAGUACCUGGGCCAGGCUGAGCCCUACCAUCACCUGGUUGCCACUCAGUUCUCUGCCUACGUGCUAGACGAACGCUUUCCGCUGGUGCCCGUUCUUAGCUGGAAGCACAUGCUGCAGAGGCCUCCCAGCUACGCCCACCUCACGCCGGACGCCGGGGCUUCACAGCGCAGCCACAAGGUGCUCCUGGGCACCCACCACACCCAGGAGCUGCUGCUGCUGCAGUAUGCAGGUGGCGGCAGCAGCGGAACCCCAUGCCAGCUCUGGGGCCCCCCACAGAAGCUCUCGCCCAUCAGAGAGUGCCUGCCCCACUUCCCUGUGCAGGUGCCCAUCAGGCAGAGUGCUCUGCACCAGCGCCUCACGGUGCCCACUGCGGGCAUUGCAGCUGCCCUUGGCCAGCAGGGUCAGAGCCAGGCCAUGCUGGUCUUCCAGCUUUCAGAGAUGGGGGACCUCUUCUACCAGCCGCUGCUCCACCAGGACGAGCGCAGGGAGGAGACCUGUGGGGAGCCAGGGCCGGAGCCAGACGACCCCCGGGAGGCCGGUGGGGGCUCAGGAGCAGAUGGGCUCUGCAGGGACGCUCCCGUUCCGCCCUCGGUGCCCCCGACAGCAGCUGGCCGUGAUGCUGCUGCUGCUGCUGCUGCGCCCAUCAGUUACCAGCGCUGGCUGAAGGCCUUCCUCAAGGACUGGCAGCAGCUGCCGGAGCAAGCCCAGGGGCGGCCACAGCCUCCGACCGCCGUCACCCAGGACCGCCUCUUCCGCCGUCGAGAGCUGCAGGAGCAGCCCUGGUUUGCCCCUCUCCACGCGGAGGUCUGCCAACACCUGCGCACCGCCAUGCAGAAGCAGCUACUCCUGUGCCCCUGGGGGGAACAGGGCACAGCCCCCUUGCCCCCGGCCCCAGCCCCUCAGGGACAACCAGACGAGCUGGGCCAGCGGCUUUCAGCCUCGUGGGCCGGCAACUGGCACAGCUGGUGGCAGGACAAGCUGGGCAAGACCCAGGCCCAGAAACGGCAGGUGCUGAGGGAGCAGCGGCGCCGGCUCAAGAGGGCCCGGGGCACCCCCAGCCUGUCCGGCAGCUUCACCUCCUCCACCAGCUACCAGUCGGACUUCAGCGACUUCUCCGGGCUGGGAGGCGGGGGCAGCAGCACCUCCACCGGCCCGUGCGAAGCCCAGCCUGCUCCCGCUGCCCCCCAAAAGGAGCCCUCUGCCCCGGCUGCCUGCCCACCUCAGGCUUCCCAAGACACAGGGCCCGACUCCCAGGACACUGCCGCCGAGCUGCUGUCCUCCCAGACUCUGCGCUCUCGUGGGAUCCCCCGGGAGCGCCGGCAGACCCUGCGCAACUACCUGGCCGUCUGGGAUGAGCCCACGGAGGGCCUGCAGGAGCCACCUCUGAGCCAGUCCUCCAAUCUCAGUGGCAGCAGGCGCUUCGUCCCUUCCUCCCAGGGCUCCCAAGCACCACGCAAGCGAGGAGCCCGCAUGGGCUUCUGAUGCCAGGGCCGGCGGACGGGCGAGGGCAGCCUCAAACCUUCGAUUGCGGGCCCCACAGCUCCUGUGGGGCUUUUUCCUGAAUCCCCUGGUAUAUUAAAGAUUGCUGUUUCUGCCCCAGGUGGGGCCUCCUUGCUA